AGACCCGCAGAGAGAGACCCAGACCCGCAGAGAGAGACCCAGACCCGCAGAGAGAGACCCAGUCAGUCCGCGUCCCGGUUCACUCUGUUCUCUGUUUGUGACACUUUGUUUUAAGAGAUCUAAACUUAGCUAGCAGCUAACAGCUAGCCUGCUGCUAACAGCUAGCCUGCUGCUAACAGCUAACCGGGAAGUGACGGAGCUGCAGGUGUUUCUCCUCCAGAGGACCAGACAGACAGUAGAAGAAGAAGAUGACGAGCGGAGGACUGAACAGCAUCGACGCCGUGAAGAAGAAGAUCAAAGUCCUGCAGGAGCAGGCGGAGGAGGCCGAGGACCGGGCCGUCCGCCUGCAGAAGGAGGUGGAGAAGGAGAAGAGGAGCAGGGAGGAGGCGGAGGCGGAGGUUACCGCCCUGGGUCGUCGUCUGCAGCUCAGUGAAGAUAAUCUGGAGCGAGCUCAGGAGAAACUGACGGGGACGCUGCACAAACUGGACGAGGUGGAGAAGUCUGCUGACGAGAGCGAGAGGGGGAUGAAGGUGAUAGAGAACCGGGCUCUGAAGGACGAGGAGAAGAUGGAGCAGCUGGAGGUUCAGCUGAGAGAAGCCAAGCUGAUCGCUGAGGAGGCCGACAGGAAGUAUGAAGAGGUGGCUCGUAAACUGAUGAUGGUUGAAGGAGAACUGGAACGAGCUGAAGACAGAGCAGAGCAGGGAGAGAGUAAGGUCCGGAGGUUGGAGGAGCAGUUGAGGAGUUUCGACCAAUCACUGAAGAGCCUGCAGGCGUCUGAGGAUAAGUAUUCUCAGAAGGAAGAUCGCUACGAAGAGGAGAUCAAGAACCUGAGCAGCAAACUCAAAGAGGCGGAGAGCAGAGCGGAGGCGGCGGAGCGUUCAGUCGCCAAACUGGAGAAAACCAUCGACGGUCUGGAAGACGCUUUGACUUCAGCCAGAAAUGCAAACAUGGAGCUGCAGGCGACUCUGAACCAGACCAUGGAGGAGCUCAACUCCUGCUGAACCUCCUCCUCUUCCUCUCUCCUCCUCUUUCCUCCUCCUCCUCCUCCUCUUCCUGCUCCUCCUCUCUCGUAUUGAUUCCUGCUUUCACACAUUCCUUCUCUGAUUCUUAAGUCACGUUUGGAGUGUUGCUUUAAUGAACUCCUUAUUCUGGCUCUCCUCCUCCUCCUCUCCUGCUCCUCCUCCUCUCCUGCUCCUCCUCUCUGCUGCCUGACAGGUGGAUGCCAAAACAUUCCCCCCACUCUUACUCCCCCUCCUGGUGGAUGUGAAGGAGGUCCAACAUUCCUCUUCCUCCUCUCUCCUCCUCUUUCCUCCUCUCUCCUCCUCUUCCUCCUUAUCUCUCCUUCUCCUCCUCCUCCUCUUCCUCCUCCUCCUCUUUCCUCCUCCUCCUCCUCCUCUUCCUGCUCCUCCUCUCUCGUAUUGAUUCCUGCUUUCACACAUUCCUUCUCUGAUUCUUAAGUCACGUUUGGAGUGUUGCUUUCAUGAACUCCUUAUUCUGGCUCUCCUCCUCCUCCUGCUCCUCCUCCUCCUCCUACCCCGACAGUGCCAACCCCUCCUCCUCAGUAUUAUUUGCAGGAGGCCAGAUGUUAAAGGGAGUCUAACAGCUCGUUAAGAACUAAUUGUGUUCGUUAACGGUUUGUUGUUUGUUUUCUGCCACAUUGAAGAUAAAGUCGAGUAUUUUGACCUGAACUCUGUCUGUCAGGUUUCAGGAACAGUAACUUGAGUAUUUUGACCUGAACUCUGUCUGUCAGGUUUCAGGAACAGUAACUCGAGUAUUUUGACCUGAACCCUGUCUGUCAGGUUUCAGGAACAGUAACUCGAGUAUUUUGACCUGAACCCUGUCUGUCAGGUUUCAGGUGAACAACUUGAGGAACUUUGAUUCAGUUAAUUAAUUUAAUGAGACUCUUCCAGAAACCAAUCAGAGCCUUUCUGUGAAGAUGUCAGAGCUGAAACACGACAAACAGGCGCCGUGUUAAAUACUCGACUUUGUCUUUAAUUAAUUAAUGAUUGAUUAAUUAGAGCCGACAUUCUGUCAGCCAAUGAUUUAUUAGUUUAUUAGUGAGGGGGCGUGGUUUAAAGUAGCCAAUCACAGCGAGGCGUUAGUCCAGGGGCCAAUCAGAGACACAAUGACCAUGAAUAAAUAAAAUGUUUUUACCUGGAUGAUGUCAUAACCGUGCUGAUGUCACAGCUCAUUGUAAUAAAUCAUGACAGGAUUUUAUAAAAUAAAAGCACCGUCACUGGUUUAUAGAUCAAA